GCCUCUCCUUGAAGGGGGAAUUGGGCAAACCAGUGCGGAUUCUCGGGGGGAGUUGCAAUGCAGAGACUGGUAGGAGUGGGUCCCUCAGGCUGGAGAGCUGCGACUUACCUCAUCGCUCACAUUCGCCUGUUAUAGAUUCAGAUGAUGUACAAGUGAGCGAUGGCGAGGAGAUGAAUCUCCUGUCAGAAGAGCCAGAAAAGAGCAACCUCAACGGGACAUCAGUGAGUGAAGUCAAAGAUAUGCCUGAGAUACAAGAAGCCCGUGAAAAUCAGCGGGGACUAGAAAGCUAUGGACAACUCAGUCUAGUGAAAAAAGGUUCUCUUUUGGUCAACCCAAGUUCCCCUGAAACAGCGUUCCGUGGGAAAGACUCUGCCGACUCUGCUGGGAGCCAGACAUCUCAGAGAAGAAAGAAAGAGUUCGUAUGCUCAGAAUGUGGGAGAACUUUUAGUCGGAAUUCAGCUCUGACAAACCACAAGACCACGCAUACAGGAGAGAAGCCACAUCAGUGCCCAGUCUGUGGGAAAUGCUUUGGAUAUAAAGCACUUCUUGUUCGACAUGAAAAAUCCCACACGGAAGGAAAGCCGUACAAAUGCUUAGACUGUGGGAAAACCUUCAGCUGCGGUACCAUCCUUUCAGUCCACGAACGAACCCACGUGGGAGAGAAGCCAUACACGUGCUCAGACUGUGGAAGGAACUUUGCCCACAAAAUCUAUCUCGUAAAACAUCAGCGGACUCACGUGGCAGAGAAACUGUAUCCCUGCGUAGAGUGUGGCAAAGGCUUUGCAAGCCGAUCUACCCUUUCUGCCCACCAGAGAAGUCACACGGGAGAGAAACCGUAUGAGUGCUCUGAAUGUGGGAAAAGUUUUAGUCAGAAAUCACACCUGACCAUCCAUAACAGGAUUCACACUGGAGAGAAACCACAUUCCUGUUUGCGCUGUGGGCACAGCUUCAGUAGAAAAUUCGAUCUUCUCUUACACGAGAGGACACACACGGGUGAGAAACCCUACCAGUGCUCAGAGUGUGGGAAGAGCUUCUGUCAGAGCUCCCAGCUUUUUGUCCACAGAAGAAUCCAUACAGGGGAGAAACCAUUCAAGUGCUUAGAGUGCGGGAAAAGCUUCCGUUGGGAAAGCAGCCUCAAGAUGCACGUGAGAAAUCAUGCCGGAGACAGGCCUUACGCUUGCCAGGAUUGUGGCAAAAGCUACAGUAGGUCAUACGACUUCAUUAGGCACACGGAAACCCACACAGGAGAGAAACCACACAAGUGCCCCGAUUGCGGGAAGAGGUUUAGUAAUAAGUCAAUACUUGUUGAACAUAAGAGGAUACACACUGGAGAAAAACCAUUUAAGUGCUCAGAGUGUGGGAAAAGCUUCAGUCAGAGGUCAAACCGCAAUACACACAUGAGAAUUCAUGCUGGAGGAGAACCGGGCCAGAACUCUGAGAAAUUGAGCAAUGGGAAUGCCGCAGCAGUACUGUCUAAAGAAGGUUGCUAGGUAGAUCCCCAGAUGUUAGUAUUUCCUGCUUAACGGUGCAUUUGUAGUAGGAGAGGUUGCUGUCAUAGUGUCUGUCAUCCCAUUUCUUCCUUCAUCCUGCUGCUCGUCACUUCUGUCAUUGUUGUGUUUGAUAAUGAUUCCAUCCUUGUCAGCUGAUACUAGAAGAGGGUUGUGGGGACCACUUGCUCAGAUCCCUA